AUGGAUGCAGAUUACGGAUUUAUUGGUUUGGGUAACAUGGGCUUCCAUAUGGCAGCUAACAUGCGGAACAUGAUGGCAAAGAGUGCGACGCUCCAUGUUUUUGAUGUAAAUAAAGAUAUCUGCAACAGAUUUCUGGACAAGUUCAGCAGUAGCGGUCCCAUUAGGAUUGCAACAUCCUCGAAGGACGUAGCACGACAUUCGGUGACCUUGAUAAUGAUGGUGCCGAUGGACGAACAUGCUCGGGCAGUCUGUUUGCACCCCGAAACGGGUGUCGUUGCUGCAGGCUCCGCGAAAGACCGGCUGAUUCUUGACUGUAGCACCCUCAGUGUCUCUACGGCAAAACAUGUUGGACAACAACUGAUGGACGUCGGUGCUGGGAUUUAUAUCGACACGCCGGUCUCUGGAGGAGUUGCUGGUGCGGAGGCAGGCACACUGUCCUUCUUCUGCGGUUCCUCGAGCAAUUCUCAGAGCAACCUUAUCGUUAGACGGCUCAUGGCCACACUUUCUUGGAUGGGUGCCUCUGAUCGUAUCACUCUUUGUGGAGGCAUUGGAACAGGUCUGACAACUAAGCUUGUAAACAACUACGUCGCGUUGGGAAACCUUGCGGUGGCCGCCCAAGGCGUGGCCUUCGGCGUCCGCCAGGGAUUAGACCCCAAAAUCCUCUAUCAGUGUGUAAAAGGCUCAACCGGUGACUCCUUGGUAUGGACGGCUAUGUAUCCAGUGCCAGGUGUCAACCCCAAAUCUGCAUCGAGUAACUCCUUCAAAGCUGGGUUCUCGUCACGCCUAGGUCUCAAAGAUUUAGGUCUAGCCAUCAAGGCCGGGGAAGAGGCUGGCAUCGAUGUAUCCAUGGGAAGGACCGCGUUGGGCCUAUACAGGCAAGCAGACCAGGACCCACGGACAACUGGUCUUGACUGCGCCGCAAUCUGGCUGCACAUCAAUGACGAGGUCGGAUCGUUUUACCCAUAA